AUGGAAAUCCUAUCAUCCUUCAACUUCUACAAUGACCUCUCCUCUCAAACAUAUCCAAUCAUCAGCCUCCUCAUCCUUCUGCUUCUCCUAGUACGUACGUCCCCUCCAUCACGAACCCCAACCCGCCCCCAACUCCAAAUCUAACCCACCCCACCCCCAAACCCCCAAUCCACCCGAUCCCCUAACAACCCCCACCCACAGUACAUCCUAACAACCACCCUCUACACCCUCUACCUCCACCCCCUCUCUUCCCUCCCAGGGCCCCCUCUCUGGAAACUCACACGAAUCCCCUACAUCCACUCUCUCGUCCGAGGGACCCUCGUAACCGACAUACGCACGUACCACACCCACUACGGCACCAUCAUCCGCACGGCCCCAAACGAAGUAUCCUUCGCGAAAGAACAAGCAUGGCACGACAUAUUCCUGAGCAGCAGAUUACAAAAAGCACUUCCGCGAGAUCCCGUAUUUUUUAAAUCGCCACCGGGAGUAGCGGAGAAUCUCGUUACGACUGUGCAUUCAGAUGUGAGUAUACGGAUGCGACAUGUGAUUGGUCCGGCGUUUACGGAUCGGGCGGUUGCGAGACAGGAGGUGGUUAUGCAGGGGUAUGUUACGUUGAUGGUUGAGAAGCUUUUGGAGGAGAUUGCGCGGUCGGAGAAGGGAAAGAUGGGGGCUGCUGUGGUUAAUGUGGUGGAUUGGAUGAAUUGGUGGACGUUUGAUGUUAUUGGGAUGCUUACUUUAGGGGAAUCUUUUGAUUGCUUGAAGGAGACGACUAAUCACCCAUGGGCAACUUUGAUUUACAAUUCUAUGAAAAGUAUGCUUAUCCUCUGAUAUAUCCCCCAGAUGAAAGCAAAGCAUCAUGGCUAAUUACCACAGUGAUGGCAUUAGCAGGCGUAAUGCAAUACUUUCCGAGACUCGACUCCCUCAUUUUUAAAAUGCUUCCAGCGCGCAUUCGAAAAAUGCAAGCGGAGCACUUUUCCAACGCGGCGGAGAAAAUUCAUCGUCGACUACAACGUCCGGAAGCAGAAGUGGGUGAUUUCAUGACUGUCAUGCUUGAUCAGAAGAACAAUCCGGACUUUUCCAAGAUGAGUAUGCCUGAGAUCGAGUCAUCCAUUGCUCUUAUGCUAUUAGGAGGUAGCGAAACGACGGGCACUACUCUGUGUGGAACGAUUAAUUGUCUAAUUCAAAAUCCGGUCGAGCUGAGGAAAUUGGAAUGUGAGAUUCGGAAUUGCUUUGAUAAGGAAGAAGAUAUUACGUUUAGUGCUCUUCAACAAUUACCGUUCCUCAAUGCUGUGAUAAAUGAAGGCUUGCGAUUGUGCAAUCCCGUUUCGGGAGGUCUUCUCCGGAUUGUACCUCGCGGUGGAGCUAUCGUUUGUGGACAUUUCCUACCAGAAGGCGUGAGUGAUGCUAAUCUCCAAAUUGUACACAGUAUGCUAAUCAAUAAUGACACUAGACACACGUGGCAAUGAAUACCGUCGUCAUGGCUCAUUCAGAAGCUAACUUCCACCGGUGUCUUGAAUUCCUACCUGACCGAUAUCUUCCGGAUAAUCUCCGACCAGCAGAAUUUAAAAACGACAACCGCAAUAUUUUGAAACCAUGGGGACUGGGAGCACGUGUUUGUCUGGGGAGAUCAUUCGGCCAGGCAGAAUUGAGGGUGGUUUUGGCUCGUUUAGUCUGGAAUUUUGAUCUUGAGGCUGUCAGAAACAAGCUGGUCAACUGGGAUGAGCUCAAAAAUUAUGUUGUGGUGCAGAAAGAACCUAUUUGGGUCACCAUUAAGCCGAGGGUAAAGAAGUGA